CAGAAGUGGAACCACCAAAUAGAAUAAAAUUAUAAAAACUGUCUAUUGAGUUCAUUUAAAUAAUACUUGAAAUAUAAAAUCAUUUUUUAUAUUAAUUUUAAGAGGAAAUAACUGUAUUGCUGAUGUGCGAUUCCUGAAAUGUCAUCGUAUAUGGCAGGUGUAUUUGAUUUAGAUUUAGAUGUGGAUACAGUAACAGUAGGAGAUUCUGACGAAGACGAUAUCAUCGAUGUUGACGAGGUGGACUAUGAUCCAGAGCUACAUGUGAAUACUAUUGUAGAAUCAGAGGGAUCUGAAAUUACCCAGUUGUCAGAAGACACUGUCAAUCCAGGCCAGUGUAAACGACUUGGACCUCAGGAUUUUGAACUUCGAAAGGUAUUAGGGAAAGGAGGCUAUGGAAAAGUGUUUCAAGUUCGUAAAAUCACAGGACCUGAUGCUGGCUCACACUUUGCUAUGAAAGUGCUUAAAAAAGCUUCUAUAGUCCGUAACCAAAAAGAUACUGCACACACAAAAGCUGAGAGAAAUAUAUUAGAAGCAGUAAAGCAUCCCUUUAUAGUGGAAUUGGUUUAUGCUUUUCAAACAGGUGGUAAAUUAUAUUUAAUAUUAGAAUAUUUAAGUGGCGGUGAGCUUUUUAUGCAUCUAGAACGUGAAGGGAUAUUUUUAGAGGAUACUGCUUGCUUUUAUCUGUCAGAAAUUAUUUUGGCUCUUGAACAUUUACACAGUCUGGGUAUAAUAUAUCGUGAUUUAAAACCUGAAAAUGUUCUCUUGGAUGCCCAAGGCCAUGUCAAACUUACAGACUUUGGAUUAUGCAAAGAACACAUUCAAGAAGGAAUUGUUACACAUACAUUUUGCGGCACAAUCGAAUAUAUGGCACCAGAAAUCUUGACCAGAAAUGGACAUGGCAAAGCUGUGGAUUGGUGGAGUUUGGGUGCCUUGAUGUAUGAUAUGUUAAUUGGCCAGCCUCCCUUUACAGGAGACAAUCGUACAAAAACUAUAGAGAAAAUAUUAAAGGCAAAGUUGAUGCUACCUGGCUAUCUCACACAAGAUGCUCGGGAUUUGAUUCGACGCCUGAUGAAACGCUCAGAGACGCAACGCUUGGGUGCUGCCGGGGCGGCGGCCGUGCGAGGCCACGCCUUCUUCAAACACGUCCAUUGGGAUGACGUUUUUGCACGACGUCUUGAACCCCCUAUUAAGCCGAGACUGACAAGUGAAGAUGAUGUCUCACAAUUCGAUACGAGAUUUACACUUCAAACUCCCAUUGAUUCACCAGAUGAAUCAACUCUUAGUGAAAGUGCCAAUUUGAUGUUCCAGGGCUUCACAUACGUGGCACCUUCGGUGAUGGACGAGAUCCACAAGCCCCGGGUGAUAACGGCCCGCUCGCCGCGCCGUCCGCGCCCACACCACCACAAUUUCACGAUCCCUCCCGGUCCAGCGUCGCACGCACACACCCAUACUCAUGGCCAUACACAUACACACGCGCACGCCAACCAGGAGGACCUCAUGGAAGUACAAGGUCUACCUAUAUAGUGAGUACUUCGCAUAGCAUAAAUUAUUAUAUUUCAUAGUAAACGUAAACAUGAUUAUUGUCAUCGCACUCCAUUGGAUUAGCAAGCGUUGGUGACAAUACGAAAAACUCUGAUUAUCUAAGCCACGUUCUGUUCUAUCAAUAAGUAUUUUAGUUAUGGCUUUCUGAUACAAUUUUACUUUAUAGCAAGCAU